CGACUUAAACUAACCAAGCCCAAGUCCCACAUGCUGUUUGUUCUUCCCCUUCGCACCGUUUCAUACAAGUUUCUCACUCUUACCCCUCUCUAUCAACACACACACACUUACAGUGUCACGGACCGAGAGGCGCCGAUUUUGAUACAACAGGGGAAUGGAAAUGAAGGUGGAAGGAGGGAGUAAGAGGAAGGCGCAUCAGAGUGAAGACGAGACGGGCAUAAGGAAAGGCCCAUGGACUGUGGAAGAGGACACCAUUCUGGUCAAUUAUAUCGCCAUCCACGGCGAAGGUCGCUGGAAUUCCGUCGCCCGCUUUGCCGGUUUGAAGAGAACGGGCAAAAGUUGCAGGUUAAGGUGGCUGAACUACUUGCGUCCCGAUGUUCGGCGCGGAAAUAUCACGCUGCAGGAACAGAUAGUGAUUCUUGAUCUGCACUCUCGGUGGGGAAAUAGGUGGUCAAAAAUAGCGCAGCAUUUGCCUGGAAGAACGGACAACGAGAUUAAGAAUUAUUGGAGAACGAGAGUGAUGAAGCAGGCGAAGCAGCUCAAGUGUGACGUCAACAGCAAGCAGUUCAGAGACACCCUGCGUUACGUGUGGAUGCCCCGCUUGCUGGAGCGGAUACGGGCGGCAACGUCAGAAUACGACCCGAGCUGCCAGCCCGUUCCCGUCACCCUGAAUCACUCCUCCGUCACGCCUCUCGAUAUCCAGUUUCACCAAGCCCCCUCUAUUCCGUGGCAGGCUCAACAUGUUUCGCAUGGCUCCCAAAACGGGUCCGACGUUUGCCCGCGCGUUGCAUCGGAGCAGGGAAAUAAUGGCCUGGGUGGUGGCUGUGGCGGUGGCGGUGGGGAUUGGGCUGAAACACUGUGGAGCGACGACAAUAUUUGGUUUUUGCAGCAACAACUUUUCGAAGAUGUGUAGAGGAAAAGACAUGGCAACGGUGGCGUGACGCUGGAGCUGGAGGGCUCAACGUCGCCUGUGAUUCAUGAUUGCACUGUACAAAAUUACAGCGUAGGCAUUAUAUUUAGGUAUAUGGCAAAAGAGAACAAAAGUAUUGUAUUAAUUAUGGCGACUGGGAGGGAGCUAGUCAGCGCUACAAGUGUGUGGAAAUGGAUGCUCACCUUGGCUUUGUCUUUAACCAAUAAAGUCAAAUGAUUUAGUUGAGUUAGCGCUGCCUUGUGCGCAAGUGUAGGCGAGGAGGUAGGAUUUGCUUCUACGCUUGUGAAAGCAUACUAUUGGAUCGCAAUGUGGCGGGGAAAAGAGUUUGUUAGAAGCAAGCAAUGUGAUGUGCAUUAUCAGGGGUCAUCCAAUGGGGAGAGGAAAUACUAAAAUGUACGUUUUUGCGUUGCGAGUGCGGAGUCCUCUCGUGUUGGUGUCUUGCUUUGUCAAUUGGAAUACCAUGUGAUGGCUUCCCUCAGUGACUUGAGGGCUUCCCUCAGCCCCCACACAAGUCACCCCGUCAUUAACUCCCAAUCAUUUGUCUUGUUACCUCACAUGCUUCCAUCUAUGUCUCUUGCAGAAUCUGUUGUCAUUAAAUUAAGAAGUCUUAUCAGCAGUAAGUGCUGGACUCCUGCUGUGACAUCAGUUCAUCAGUUUUUUAUUAGUUUGCCAAUUUAUAUAUUACAUAUUUUAGA